AUGGAUGCAAGUUUAUUAAAUAAUAUCAUGCAAAAAUUACUUAAUUUUAAAGAUGGAAGAAGAACACAAGAUAAAUACCAUCUCAGUGAAUCAGAAAUUCAACAACUUUGCCGCUGUUCUUCUUCAAUCUUUCUUAAACAACCCGUUCUUCUUGAACUUCAACCUCCGAUCAAAAUUUGUGGUGAUAUCCGUGGCCAUUAUUCAGAUCUUCUCCGUCUUUUCGAAUCUUGUGGUUCGCCUAGUCAGACAAACUACUUGUUCCUGGGUGAUUAUGUAGACCGAGGUGACCGUGGCAUAGAGACCAUCUGCCUUCUUCUUGCAUUCAAAAUUAAAUAUCAGGAUAAAUUCUUCUUACUCAGAGGCAAUCACGAAUCUGCUUCUAUUAAGCAUUUAUAUGGAUUCUAUGAUGAGUGUAAGAGGAGGUUUAGUGUCCGCCUUUGGAAGACUUUCUGCCGCUGCUUUAAUUGCCUACCAGUAGCUGCUGUCAUUGAGGAAAGAAUAUUUUGUGUGCACGGUGGAUUAUCUCCUCAUUUGAAGAACUUCGAUCAAAUUAGGGAUAUAUGUCGUCCGGUGGAUGUACCAGACAAGGGCCUUCUCUGUGAUUUACUCUGGUCUGAUCCUGAUAAAGACUUCUAUGGUUGGCGCGAGAAUGACAACGGUGUAUCCUGUACGUUUGGAGCUGAUAAGAUAACUAAAUUUCUUGACAACCAUGACAUCGACCUGAUUUGCCGAGCUCACCAGGUUGUGGAAAAGGGGUACGAGUUCUUUGCUGGUCAAAAGCUGGUUACCAUAUUCUCUGCUCCAAAUUAUUGUUGGGAUGACAAUGUUGGUGUCGUGAUGAAUGUGGACGCAACUUUGACUUGUUCAUUUCGUAUUCUUAAACCUUCUGACAAGAGCGUAAACCUGGGAUCCAGCAACGAGAAGUCAGUACCUGGAACACCAUCAGAGAAGUUUAAAGAAGGGGAGACCACUUGA